UUUCAGGCACAGCUGAGAGCAAGUGUCUUCCUAGCAUUGGAGGAUGAGUUCAGAGAGAAAGAUGUUCCUUUGUGCAACUCACGCACCAUGGAGCUUCUGCAAACACCAUCUGGAAGUCUGGCUGCUUCUUUGGUACAUGAUUUCUUCACUUGCCUAGGAUUGGACUUUUCACUUGCAGUAUUUGGACCAGAGUCUAAUCUUGGGGCUAAGCUCUGGGACUUGCACACAAGAGAAUGCUUGCUUAAAGCAACAGGGCUCGGAAAAGAUGCAGAACCCAUGACUCCCAUCCUACUUACUCUGUGCUACCAGUGCCUCAACACAUCCACAGCUCCAGUGACUUCUCAUGCUCACAUGUUAAACGGUAAAUCUAUGAACCAAAAAGGGAGAAUUCCUCCACUUGUGGCAGCAAAUGGUACUCCUUCAAGCAGAAAUGGCAUCACAAACCAUGUCUCACAAUUCCCUCAAGACCGGCGCAAGCUGAUUGAUGCUCCUUCAACUUCUGGUGUCAACAAGAUAGAUUCAGCACCUACAACAACUAACACCUCUUCAGCAACAAAACAAACUCCCUCAGUUACAACCACCGUAAAUGAUUCUUCCAACACCUCAGUGCCUAGUAAAGUUAAUAACAAAUCAAACUCUAGCACUGUAAAUCGUAAAGAAGUAUCAUCUUCCAAUAAAAAUAUUCUGAAACAAAAUCCUGUGCCACCGCCUGGUGACAUUUUGUCUGCGGCACCUCCUGACGCAGAUUCCAGUGAGGCUUCUUCGUUGUCUGAUGUUGAAGGACUUCGGAAGGAUCACACAGGAAACAAGCCUCCGACGGAAGCUGGUACCAAAGCUGACAAGACGGCUGACUGUACUAAACAUUUGUCAGAUGGUGAUUAUGAAGACGACUUCUCUGAGAGCAGCUCCAGUACCGUAGAAGAAUCCUCCUCUUCAUGGGGCCACCCGCCUCUUCCACCCUCUCAACCAAUCAACAAAACUGAAAAAACUAAUGUUCUGGAAAAGAAAAGUUUACCAGCCUCUGAUGUGACUAGCUCAGAGAAAACUGGUUCCUUGGGAAAAACACUUGACAAAGAAAGUAACAACUCGACUACUAGAAAACGGUCUCUCGAUAUUCUGGACGAUGAAGUGUUAAUUGAUGACUUCAUCUCCAGUGAAUCGUCAUCUGCGCGAGAUGAUACGGAAGAUAUUGCAGACUCCAAAACGACAGACGUUGAACUAGACUACCAGGAGCCGGUCUAACCUCUCUGCAUUCUCGAGCUGCUCGUUCAGUGCUCAUUAAAAUAUCAGUGCCUUUCCAAGCUGCUUGUUCAAUAAUAAUUAUGGUAUCAGGUUUUAAAUUCACAGUUGGAAGUAAAUAAUAAAUUUAGUUUUAGGUAUUAUAUGCGGUUACAAUUUCGUUAUUAAAUGAGGCACAUCUUGAAAAAUUCAGAUGUAGUCUCUCCACAAUGGUGUUGAGAAUCUCGGAAGCUGUGUGAUGUUUCGAAUGCAUGUUCGUAUCCUAACUAGUAAUAUCGAUGUAUAAUUAAUUGAACAGCAUAUCUUAAACUGACUAGAAGUAAAAGCUCAUGUACUGAAUAAUCUUGUGCCUUAUGUGAAAAGGUGACAAUAAUAAUGCGUGUGUAA